AGCUCCGUCUUAGUGUCGCUGGUCUGGACUGGGAUCACUGGUCUCACUGCCUCUUUGUUGAAGGAUACUGUUGGAGAAGGAACCAGUAGGGACACAGUGCAGCCAUGGCAGAAAGUGGUGAGGAGAAGAAGAAGACCCGGCCCAAAACUGCCACCGUCUGUGGCUACCCAAUAAGCAUCUUCUUCAUCGUGGUCAAUGAGUUUUGCGAACGCUUCUCCUACUAUGGCAUGCGAGCCGUGCUCGUGUUGUACUUUAAGUACUUCCUGCAGUGGGACGAUGACUUCGCCACCACCAUCUACCACACCUUUGUGGCCCUGUGCUACCUGACGCCCAUCCUGGGGGCCAUCGUGGCCGACUCAUGGCUCGGCAAGUUCAAGACGAUCAUCUACCUGUCCAUUGUUUACACCUUGGGACAAAUCAUCAUGGCUAUAAGUGCCAUCAACGACCUCACAGAUGCCAACAAGGACGGAACCCCCGACAACUUGCCCCUCCACGUAGCUCUGUCCAUGGUGGGUUUGAUCCUCAUCGCACUGGGAACAGGAGGAAUUAAACCCUGCGUCGCUGCGUUCGGUGGAGACCAGUUUGAAGACCAUCAGGAGAAGCAGAGAGGCACCUUCUUCUCCAUCUUCUACCUGUCCAUCAACGCUGGCAGUCUGCUGUCCACCGUCAUCACCCCCAUCCUCAGAGCUCAGGAAUGUGGGAGCAUUCCCCAGAAGUGUUACCCGCUGGCCUUCGGUGUCCCCGCCGCUCUCAUGGUCGUCGCUCUCAUUGUGUUCAUUGUUGGAAGUGGCAUGUACAAUAAGACGGCCCCUCAAGGCAACAUCAUGGUGAAAGUCUGCAAAUGCAUCGGGUUUGCCAUCAAGAACCGCUACAGGCAUCGCUCCUCUCAGUACCCCAAGAGAGAACACUGGAUGGACUGGGCAGACGAGAAAUACACAAAACUCCUGAUCGCUCAGGUGAAGAUGGUGCUGAAGGUUCUGUUCCUCUACAUCCCACUGCCCAUGUUCUGGGCUCUAUUUGACCAGCAGGGCUCGAGAUGGACGCUCCAGGCGACCAACAUGGACGGGGACUUUGGAGUCCUCAUCAUCCAGCCCGAUCAGAUGCAGACUGUCAACCCCAUCUUGAUCCUGAUUCUGGUGCCAGUCGUGGACAGUUUGCUCUACCCACUGAUUGCCAAGUGCAAUUUAAACUUCACUCCGUUAAAGAGGAUGACUGUCGGGAUGGUCUUCGCCGCUCUGGCGUUCGUGGCCGCUGCUCUGGUCCAGAUACAGAUCGACCAAACCCUGCCCAAGUUCCCAUCAGGCACUGCGAGCCAAGCCAAGUUCAUCAACAUGGUGAACAUGCCGCUGCCCAUCAAAGCAGGAACCCAUGACUUUACCCUGGAGGCGUACACGGCGAAUGAGGAUUUCCUGACCUUCAAUGAACCGUUCCUUGUGGUCCUGCCCAACAUCACCUACGUGGGCAAUAUGAAGGAUGGCUCUCGGAAUACUUUCGUCAUCUUCCAGGAUGGAUUUCUACAGACAGUUGUACCUUUCACCGACCUCACAAAAAAGCCGGAACAAGGAGCUAACGCCAUCAGAUUCCUGAACGGCUUUAGCUCUGCUCUGAAUGCCACAGUGGGUGACCUGGACUUCAAGGAGAUCCCCACUAGGAACAUGUCAAUAUACGUCAACGUGCCACAGGGAAAUGCUGAGUUCAAGAUCAAGAAUGAGGCUGGAGAUGAGUGCAUCUACAAUCAAGAGCUGGGCUUCGGCAGCUCGUUCACUCUGAUGAUCCUGCCCACGUUCACAUUCGGGCCAAACUGUGCAGAUAGCAUCCGAUCAGUGAUGGACAUCAGGCCCAACACCAUCCACAUGGCCUGGCAGAUUCCUCAGUAUUUCCUCAUCACUGUGGGAGAGGUGGUGUUCUCUGUCACUGGCUUGGAGUUCUCCUACUCACAGGCCCCGAGCAACAUGAAGUCUGUGCUCCAGGCUGGAUGGCUGCUGACUGUGGCUGUCGGGAACAUCAUUGUGCUCGUCAUCGCAGAGGCUAUAUCACUCCCAGACCAGUGGGCUGAGUACGUCCUCUUCGCCUCUCUGCUGAUCGUCGUGUGUGUUAUCUUCGCCAUCAUGGCCUACUUCUACACCUACACCGACCCGACCGUGAUCGAGGCCCAGUUUGCCGAGCUCGAUCCCGAUGAGAAGAAGCGGAAGAACUCGGUGGAAAUGGCCAGUAAGAACAAGGUCCCCCCCCGCGACAGCUCCUCUGACUCCAGCUCGGACGAGGAUGAAAGCCGACAGUCCAAGAUGUAAAGCCUCCUCCCUUUCGUGCCUGUGAGUGCCAGCACCUCUUUGGCCAUUUUGGCAAUGCAGUGUUGUACAUGCAGUUAGAAUGACUGGAUGACCUGAGGGAAAUGGUGCAGAAAACGUGAAGAGCACACAAACAGGGCUUCGAUGGGGAAGCUCUUGCUGGACACUAUUAGUGAAGGAUCACGGCAAACACUAUUAUCUCCCAAUCGUUUAAAGACGUUACUCAAACAUUUAAAAUCCCUGGCUCACUACUGAUUAUUACUUUUCCAUCAUGCAGUUGUAAAUUACUUUUUAUGAUUAUUUCUUUUUGUUUUGCAUCUUAAUGUGAAACCAUUCCAACAUUUUUAUUUAUUUCCAAGCACAGUGUGUUGUAUGUAUUGUAAUAUACUGUCACUAUUUUGUAUGCAUGACCUUAUCACAUGCUUCGGGUUAAGAUCUAAAUCUGAAAUGUCUGUCGUUCCCAUAAGGAGAAAAACACCUGUACACGUGUUGUUGGUAAAUAUUUAUAUCAGCAGUAGUUUUGUAAAAACUAUGUAAUGGCUUGAUUUCAAAUACAUUUCCUUUUCCUUGGCUUGUAGAAACCCUUUUGUAAUUAUGUGAACAAUAUCACACAUGUAUUGUUUGUGUUUAAUGAUAACAUUUGAUGACUGGCAGUAAAAGUGCAGCCAAG